AUGGAAGAAGGGAAUUGCAGCAGAGAAUCUUUCCCAGCAGAAGCUAACUUCACGAAUUCUUCAAAUGAGAUUGUGAAAGAAGUCAAUGAGAAUCCAAACGAUGGAUGGAUAGCUGCUUUCAAUGAUCGCUUUGCUAACUCCACCGUUGCAGAGUUUAAGCGCCUCCUCGGUGUUAAACCAACACCUAAGAACGAAUUCUUAGGCGUACCUGUUGUAAGCCAUGACAUCUCUCUCAAGCUUCCUAAAGAAUUUGACGCUAGAACUGCUUGGUCUCAGUGCUCCAGCAUUGGAAGGAUACUAGAUCAGGGUCACUGCGGUUCUUGCUGGGCAUUUGGGGCUGUAGAGUCACUGUCUGACAGGUUCUGCAUCAAAUAUAACAUGAAUAUAUCUUUAUCAGUCAAUGAUCUCUUAGCAUGUUGUGGAUUCCUUUGCGGUCAAGGCUGUAAUGGUGGCUACCCUAUUUCCGCGUGGCGAUACUUUAAGCACCACGGUGUAGUCACCGAAGAGUGUGAUCCAUACUUUGACAAUACUGGAUGCUCUCACCCGGGAUGUGAACCCGCUUACCCUACACCAAAAUGUGUGAGGAAAUGUGUUAGUGGAAACCAGCUUUGGCGUGAAUCAAAACACUAUGGUGUUAGCGCCUACAAAGUCAGACAUGACCCUCAAGACAUAAUGGCUGAAGUUUACAAAAACGGACCCGUUGAGGUUGCCUUUACCGUUUAUGAGGACUUUGCGCAUUACAAAUCUGGAGUGUACAAGCACAUAACAGGUAGUAACAUUGGAGGUCAUGCUGUUAAGCUUAUUGGCUGGGGAACUUCUGAUGAUGGCGAAGAUUAUUGGUUGCUUGCAAAUCAAUGGAACCGAAGCUGGGGUGAUGAUGGUUACUUCAAGAUCAAGAGAGGAACGAACGAAUGUGGAAUCGAACACGGUGUUGUAGCCGGUUUGCCUUCAGACAGGAACGUCUUUAAUGGUAUUAAUACUUCAAAUGAUGUUCUAGUUUCCUCAUUUUAAAACUAAAGAUCAGAAAACAAAAGACGUGUCUCUGUCUCGACACUCUCUGUAU